GUUAACAAGCCUCAGCUUAAUGCAAACCAGGAGUGAAUGUGGAGAAAGAGAGAGGAAGGUCUCCGUCCUCACUCUGUCUGCAGGCUUGAGGCUCUCACGUUAAGUCUUGUUUUGUCCUUUUGCGAUCUUAUUCCCUAAUUUUUCCCAACCUUAAUGACGACGACAUUAUUUGCAUUUUUUUUUCUGACAUGGAUUCAUGCAUUUGGCUCGUUUCGGUGUGACAUUUGACAGCUUGUUCUAGCAACGCUUGAAUGAAUGUUAUGAGUUGUCUGACCAACCAGUGAGAAUGUUUUGCCGCUUCUGCACACACUGGCUUCUCGUCGCUGCCCUGUGGAGCCUCGGUCACUCAAGCUCAUUGGCCGCACGGCGGAAAGUCACUUCCAGCAAGUCCAAAAGCCAGCUGGACCCCAAUGUGAAGGACUGGGGAGACUAUUCGGAUCUCCUCCCGGGAACGGCGCUGGGACUGGGCCUGAAUGAAGACAGACGACAUGGACACGACAACAGAGACGGUUGGGGAUCGUCAUCGAGCCUCGCUCCUGAUUUAGAUUUUCUCUCCGACUAUGCAGGUAAAAAGCGACUGUGGGUAAUGACAGCCCCCACUUACAAUGACCACUACCUUCGUAUGAUGGAGAAACAGCUGGAAGACAUGGAUCAGAAAUCGCUAAACUGCCAUCUGGCCGAAAGAGACACGUUCAUCGUCACCGUCAUCCAAAACGCUAUGAUGGAAGGAAGGAUCCAGAAGACGACAGUUCAAGGAGAGGCCACGGUGGAGACACUGGACCCCGACACUGUCACCAAGCUGCUGCACUAUCUUGAGCUCACCCAGGACCAAGCCUUUCACAUGUUGGUGCUGAAAAAAAACCUGAGAGUCAGCGAGCGGUUCCCCUACCCGGUUCGGGUAGAGGCGAUCUUGGAGGUCAUAGAUCAAUUGCCCAUGAGGAAGCUGGAGAAGAUAACCAGAAAAGGAUCCAAACUGAGGUGUGAAAGCACGAAAAAGAAAGUUGUGGUGAAAAGGAAAAAGAUGAUGAAGAAGAAGAAGAUCAUUCUGAGUCCUCAGAAGAAAAGCAACUUGACCUCUGAGGUGACCCUGCAAAGGAAGCCCCGGAUGGACAAAAAAGCCGUGCUGAAGAGUAAGAUCCAGGACAUUCUGAGCGGCAAGUCCAGGUUUGUUAUUUGGAAGGCGCCGGCUGGGAGGAGAAAAGAGGCCACCGGUGACGGCGGCGCUGCCGGCGGUGGCAAACGGGAAGAGGAAAAGAAGAAUACGCAGCGUCCUCCUGCUGUGUCAACAGGAAAAGAGGAAGUGAAGCAAGAAAGGCCUGACGCCACAUCGGACACAGGGCCUAAAAAACACGCAGAGGAGAGUAAAAAGGAGAAUGAGCAAAAAGAAAAAUCCCCAAAAAAGGGCAAAGGAAAAAAGGGAAAGAAAGGGAAAGGAAGAGGCAAGAAGUCUCACAAAGAAGCAAGUGAGAAGGACAAAAAUGCCUUGAAAGACUUUCUGGAUCAUUUAAAGGGGAAGAGAAGGUUGAUGCUAAUCUCAACCCCGAGCAGCGACGCAACGCUGUUCGUGCAGCAGAGCGCCGAGAACGAGAAGCAGCGCUGUGAGCUGGCCACCCGCAAGGUCACCGUGGCGACCAUCGUGGGCAAAGGCAACGACGCCACCCUCACGUUGGAGCACCCCCGGCUCGAGUCGGAGCCUCCAUUCAGCGAGCUACCGGAACAGUUGUCCGAUUCAGGCCUGAUCUCACUGUUGCGAUCCCAUCUGGGUUUGUCUUCGCCUGAUCUUUUUUCCAUGACCGUCACCGACUACGACAUCGGGCCCAACAGAGUGUUUGAGGCGCCUCCAUCAAGCCUCGCUAUAUUCGACUACAUCGACAACUUUCCCUCAAGGCGCCCCGAGAAAGAAAAAGAAAGGAAAAGUCCUCCAGCGUGCGGAGCUGACAAGCAACAACCCAAAACGGAGAAUUCCCUGCUAAGGUUCGUGUCCAAGAGGAGACUACUGAUCAUCUCUGCUCCAGCUGAGGACGACUACUCAUUUCAACAGCAGCUGUCCGCUCUCAACGGGCAAGAAUGUCACCUUGGAAUUCGUCACGUUGCCAUGUUGAAGCUAACCGGGGUUGGGGAGAAAGCUUCCGGGACUGUUGAGCUGUUUCCGCUCAAUGGUCGCAGUCAGAGUGAAGUGGAGCCGUUGUCCCGCGUGGUGGUCAACGACCUGCGCGAGCAGCUGAAAAUCAGCAAGGAUUACUUCAGCAUGCUGGUGGUGGGCAAGGACGGCGACGUCAAGGCGUGGUUCCCCUCACCCAUGUGGUCUCUGGAGAACGUAUACGACUUGGUCGACUCCCUGGAGCUGCGUCUGCAGGAGGAGAAGCUGCAGAGACGGCUCGGGAUCCACUGCCCGGAGGUGUACGAGAGAGGCGGAGGAGGAGAGGGGGAACGUUACAACGGUUACGGGGAAGAGCGUCACCGCUAACAAGGAAUGAACCUCGGAUCACACACGAGACAUAUUGGAACACCAAAGACUUUGCUUGGAGAAUUUUUGGAUUCGAUUUGGGAAUGAAUCAUAGUAUAUUGCACAAGUGUCGGAGGAAUGCUGGAAUGGCAACGCGUGUGAUGUAUGUUUCGCCGGCUAAAUGAGCAUUAAACUGUUGAGCAAUCAGUCAA